GUACGAGAAGAUUUCGCUUAGCAUAUUUUGGCUAACUGUACAGAAGUAUCGCAACAAUGGAACCAGCUUGUGGAGUGUACGAUGCUGCCAGCUAAUAUCCGCAGUUCCGACCCUUCUAUUCUAGAUGCUCUCCGCUCGCUGUACCGUCUCAUUCAUACCCCCCCCCUCUUUCAUCGUGGCCCGUAUGGCGUACAUUCGCUUGCUCGACCUCUUCGAUACGAUUGAGGAUAUUGUUAAGGCUGAUAGAAGGAAGGACAAAUUAUAUAGGCGGAACGGCAUAAGCACUACUCGGCACAACGCUAGUAUAGCAAUUGAUCUCUGCAUAUCUGCAUUCCAGAUAAGUAGGUCGGUCGUCUUGGAGACUAAGCGUAUCGCGCGUCGCUGGCGCCGACUCGUAAAACCGUCCGUGUUCUUCCUUAUGGUCUACGUAGAGGGACCGAUAGAGGCCGCCGUGUAAGUGCGGCAUGUCCCCGGGGAUUUCCUUCAGACUGACUUAGCGCUCUCUCUAGUAAAAACUUCUCUAAGAUAAGCGAGAAGAGUCUAGAGGUGCUGUCGCUGCAGAUCUUCGAGUUAGCACUAUAGGCUCUUAUAAGUGCCUGCUAGAUUCUGGACCUCUCGAGAUCUUGCAAGAGUAGGCGACGCCGGCCCCACAACCUCGGUUUAGUAGUAUCAAGUGCGAAGAGGCUCCUAGAUAGCGAGAACCAG